AUGUGGAAUAACAACGAGCGCUCCAAGGCGAUCAACUCGAUGUUCCAGUGGUACAAGAACGCGGCACGGUGCUACGUCUUCUUGUCAGACGUUUCGGUGUCGACUGCUACAGAGCCAGUCCAACCCAGCGACUGGGAGGCGUCGUUCCGUGCAAGUGCAUGGUUUACUCGGGGGUGGACGCUCCAAGAGCUGAUUGCGCCAGUGUCAGUCGAGUUCUUCUCGCGUGAAAGAAGGCGCAUAGGCGACAAAAAAUCGCUCGACCAGCUCAUACAUGACAUUACCAACAUUCCGCUCGCAGCACUACGCAACCGUCCUUUGCACGAGUUUAAUACAUCUGAGCGAAGACGAUGGGUCGAAAACCGCAGAACAGAAGAAGAAGAAGACAUUGUGUACUGCCUACUUGGAAUUCUUGGCGUCUCUAUGCCCACCGCGUACGGCGAAGGACAGGAGAGUGCACGAAGCAGACUGCAAGCUGAACUAGAGGAAACUAAUAACGCACCGUCGAUCAUCCAGUUCUCACAAAACCCCCGCUUCGUAGGCCGAGAGUCGCAGCUUGCCGAGCUAGAAGCUAAGCUCUUCAGCAACGAGCACACCACUACUACACUAGCCAUAGUUGGGCCGGGCGGAACUGGCAAGACGCAGCUCGCGCUCGAGGUUGCACACAGAACAAGGCAGAAGAACAAGAACUGCUCGGUCCUCUGGAUGGAUGCGAGCGAUAAAAUGCUGCAAGUCCGCUUAGCGAGGCCGCUCGCGAACACUGAGCAGCAGGAAGCCGAGCACUUGCUAAGAGCGCUAUCGUAUCUUCCUCUAGCAGUCAUGCAAGCAGCGGCCUGUAUAAAGGCUAGCGGUAUGACGGUGCAGGAGUAUCGAUCACGAAUGGACGAUCAUAAAGAACUUGCUAUCGAACACAGCGGCGACCUGUCUGAGGCGUCGACAUACUGGAACCAAGGCCGAUGGGACGACGCUGAGAAGCUGGAGGUGCAAGUGAUGGAGACUCGCAAGACGAAGCUGGGAGCGGACCAUCCCUCUACGCUGAACAGCAUGGCCAACCUAGCGUCGACAUACUGGAACCAAGGCCGAUGGGAUGACGCUGAGAAGCUGGAGGUGCAAGUGAUAGAGACGAGCAAGACGAAGCUAGGAGCGGACCAUCCCUCUACACUGACCGGCAUGGCCAACCUAGCAUCGACAUACAUGAAUCAAGGCCGAUGGGACGACGCUGAGAAGCUGGAGGUGCAAGUGAUAGAGACGAGCAAGACGAAGCUGGGAGCGGACCAUCCCUCUACGCUGAACAGCAUGGCCAACCUAGCGUCGACAUACUGGAACCAAGGCCGAUGGGAUGACGCUGAGAAGCUGUUUGUGCAAGUGAUAGAGACGAGCAAGACGAAGCUGGGAGCGGACCAUCCCGACACGCUGACCAGCAUGGCCAACCUAGCAUCGACAUACAGUGACCAAGGCCGAUGGGAUGACGCUGAGAAGCUGGAGGUGCAAGUGAUGGAGACUCGCAAGACGAAGCUGGGAGCGGACCAUCCCUCUACGCUGACCGGCAUGGCCAACCUAGCGUCGACAUACAGGAACCAAGGCCGGUGGGAUGACGCUGAGAAGCUGGAUGUGCAAGUGAUAGAGACUCGCAAGACGAAGCUGGGAGCGGACCAUCCCGACACGCUGACCAGCAUGGCCAACCUAGCAUCGACAUACUGGAACCAAGGCCGGUGGGAUGACGCUGAGAAGCUGGAGGUGCAAGUGAUAGAGACUCGCAAGACGAAGCUGGGAGCGGACCAUCCCUCUACGCUGACCAGCAUGGCCAACCUAGCGUCGACAUACUGGAAUCAAGGCCGAUGGGACGACGCUGAGAAGCUGGAGGUGCAAGUGAUAGAGACUCGCAAGACGAAGUUGGGAGCGGACCAUCCCUCUACGCUGACCAGCAUGGCCAACCUAGCAUCGACAUACAUGAAUCAAGGCCGAUGGGAUGACGCUGAGAAGCUGGAGGUGCAAGUGAUGGAGACCCGCAAGACGAAGCUGGGAGCGGACCAUCCCGACACGCUGACCGGCAUGGCCAACCUAGCAUCGACAUACAUGAAUCAAGGCCGAUGGGACGACGCUGAGAAGCUGUUUGUGCAAGUGAUGGAGACUCGCAAGACGAAGCUGGGAGCGGACCAUCCCGACACGCUGACCGGCAUGGCCAACCUAGCGUCGACAUACUGGAACCAAGGCCGAUGGGAUGACGCUGAGAAGCUGUUUGUGCAAGUGAUGGAGACGAGCAAGACGAAGCUGGGAGCGGACCAUCCCUCUACACUGACCAGCAUGGCCAACCUAGCAUCGACAUACAGGAAUCAAGGCCGAUGGGACGACGCUGAGAAGCUGGAGGUGCAAGUGAUAGAGACGAGCAAGACGAAGCUGGGAGUGGACCAUCCCGAAACGCUGAAAUGCAUGGCCAACCUAGCAUCGACAUACUGGAACCAAAGCCGAUGGGACGACGCAGAGAAGCUCUUCUCAAUAACGAGGAUAUUUCGCGAAGAACCUUAA